AGAUUCUAGAUAAAAUAAUGCAGAAACUGCACAUUUUGGUGUAUUAUUUGUGGUUGUCUUUUGUUAACCUUGAAGUGAAGUCAAGUUGAAAUGUGGAAAAAUAUUCCCUGCUAUAUAAACACUGUGCAACAUGUACACUUGUAAACUAAGUUGUCAGAACUACCUCAGAAGGAGUCAAAGAGUAAUCAAUCUUAUUCCGUUUAUUGCCGCUCUAACAGAAUAUUGGAUAAUGGCAGUUUAGGCUUGUGCAGUUUUCAACCUGGAACAAAAGAAGUGUGGUGUAUUUUUCGAUUGCAUGCGUCAAAGCGUGGCCCAGCGUGUUCAAGGUAACUCCGGGAAUUUGAGGGUUUUUUUGUGGAGCACAAAGCGGAGAAGGAAAUCUAAAAAAGAAACGUACGUCAAGGGAAGCACGUGUAAUAGGUUUUCAAUGGAAUUUCAAAACCAAGCGUGGGCUGGCUUUGUUGGGACUGGAUGUUUUGUAACCUGUUGCAUGCGAAACCCAAAUAGGUUUGGGCCAAGCCUUGCGUGAAGUGGCCUUCGUCAUUUCUAUGCGGAGUGGGUACCUUGGCCCUCAAAGAACUAAAUAUGAAUCAUUGUUGAGGCAUUUACCCAAACUUCCCCGAGCAAGCAAGGAAAAGAAAUCAGUGACCGUUAAUUUCAAAUGAGGCUCCAUUGAUAUUCAGAGCAAGGUAUUCACAUGUAAAUCUGGUGGUGGCUUGCCCCUGAUCGUGCAGCAAGAAGAAAAAGUUUGUGUUCAGUCUCGCCUGAGUUACAGUUGGCAUUGCACUGAACUUAAGUAAAAGAAAAAUGAUCCUCAUCUUAAAAUGGCAGGUGGUAGCCUGCCACCAUGCCGCCCAAUCGUAAACCAGAGCGUCUGCUGAAGAGACACCUAACACUAGGCCUGAGCAAGAGCUUCCCCAGUGCCACGCUGUCCCGGGCCCUGGGUAGCCGGGUUCCCAUGGACCUGAGCAGCAGCAACUGCAGCUUUGCCGAGAUCAUCAAGCUGGAGAAGGGUGGCGGUGCCAUGGAGGAUGACGAGCUGCGGCCGUUGAGCUGGCUGCACAGCACCGACCUGCUCAAGGACAUGAACCUGGACGAUGAUGAAGGGGAGGAUGGCCAUGCCAAGGAGAACAAUGCUGCCGGCGCCGGCGAAGGUGUGAUGGCCCGGUACGGCGGCCUAGCGGGGGACGAGCAGGACGGGCCCGUGGACCCCAAGCGGCACAUCAACAGCAAGCCACCCUUUUCCUUCAGCUGUCUGAUCUUCAUGGCCAUUGAGGACUCUCCGCUGAAACGUCUUCCAGUUAAAGACAUUUACCAGUGGAUACAGGACCACUUUCCCUACUUCCACAAUGCCCCCACGGGCUGGAAGAACUCUGUCAGGCACAACCUGUCGCUCAACAAAUGCUUCCGUAAAGUGGACAAAAUCAAGGGACAGAUCAGCUUGUCAAUCGGAAAAGGCUCACUAUGGUGCGUGGAUCCGGAUUACCGGCCCAACCUACUACAGGCGUUACGAAAGACACCCUACCACCCUUACCAUCAUGUGCUGCCCUACAACUCACACCCUUACCAGUAUCACCAGGGCCCGCUCUGCAACAUCUCAAGCAAUCCUAACAGGCUUCCUGCAAUGCACAUCGGCUGCAGUAACGGCAUACCCUUACCUAGUCACUUUGCGCUGGUCGAAAGGUUACUGAAUGGACCGCUUCACUACUCGCCCGUGCCGCACAAUGGACUCGACACUGAGCGGGAGGUGGAUGCGGCAGCCACUAUGAUGAUGUUUAGAACGCCCCCGGAGCAACGAGUUGAAGAACAUGAGCGUUUGAAGUCCUUCUCUCCUCACCAAGGCGUGCGCCGUGACAGCAUCCCGGUCGGGGGCGUGGCCCCCCUACAGGCCAAGCCGCGCCAGCCUCACAGCAGGCCCACUCUCUCAGACCUGGCUGAGACUGCCUUGAAUGAUCAGAGCCUCCCCAGACCAAGGCUGGCAUCCACGCCAUUUAACAAGGCGGCCCUCCAGACGAAGUGUACCCCGGCUCCUUCAAUGUCAGACGACCACACCUACAGCCUGAGCGCCAUCCUGAAGGCCCAGCGGGACCGGGCCCAACAGCUGGCUGGGGACGAUGAGGAGGACGAGGAAGAGGAGGAUGACCCUGUGGAAUGUGACAUGAGCGACUUCGAGGACUUGGUGUCCUCGGACUCGGACAUGGAGCAAGAUGAGGAGUCCAAGCGGCUUGGGGACAGCGGGUACAUCCACGAUGCCAGCUUUGAUGACCUGGAGGAUGAGAAGAGCAGCAGCAGCAGCAAGAAGCCCCUGCCGCUACCCUUUAAGAAGCGGCCGCGCCGCUCGGACGUGGAUAACGACCUGGCAGCAGGCGCCGACGCCCUGCUCAACCUGGCUGGCAUCAAGACCAGCGAGGUCCCCAUACGCUCAAUCAGUCCUCAAUCUGAUCUGACGGCCACAUGAUGGGAGCUAGGCUUUUCUCUCUCCCACUGCCUGGGUAGUUCCCCUGACUUCCAUAUUUAAGAGUCUUGAAGAAUUGUUUCCUACUUUUUUCCUCACUCUCUUUUUCUUUUUUUUUGAACAACCAUAGCGGUUUGUUUUUAACAAGUAUUUAAUCAUGCAGCUCCUUUGAUUGCAGAAAGGGGUGCUUUUUGAUUGGUGGUGUAACUAUGCUAAAAAAUUUCCCGAGGAGCACGCGUUGGGUGCACAACAUUUUAUCUGGGGGAAUCGAAAGUCAAUUUCCUGCGGCUUGUACAUAGGUGGUGUACAUUGCAAAAUUUCAGAUGGAGGGGAGGAACACCCCUCCCCCGUAGUUACACCACAGUUGUAGAUGCUGUGAAUGAAUGUUGCUGGUCAUGUUCACAUUGAUUGUGAUGAUCAUGCGUUUAAGAUGGAAAGUGGGGUUGAGGAAAAUACGUCUGCUGCCAGCAUCAUAGUUUGUUUCCAUUCCAAAUGGCACAGUGUUUGGUUUGUUGUAGGCAGCACCUGCUCUGAGAAGACUUGUUUUUCUUUUUCGUCUGGCCUGCCAUUUGAGAAAGCAGUCUCCCGGUUAACGACAGUGUGCUCAUGUUUUCAUUCCAAUAGCAUUUGUGGGAUUCCUCAAAUGAUGACCUCUAGCAAGAAGUUUUCCAGUUUGAAAAGUUUUCCAGGAAAAAUGUCAGUGACAGUAAAUCUAUUUUGUGUAAUCUUUGAACAUCUUGCCAAACUUGCCAUUAUAAUUCUUCCUGUAAAGUUAAAAAAAAAAAAGAAGGGAAAAGAUACAUUGUUCCAGCGUGUCUUUGUAAUUCGUCCUUAAGGUAUUGAAAUCAUGACUCCCACAACUGCUGUUGAGGAUAGCAGAGUUUGGAAACCAUGUGCACUUUGCAAAAAGGGACACUCGGCAACGGUCAGGAGAGUACAUCAGCAAUCCAAGUAUUGUUGGAAGAAGAAAAAAAACAGGGGUGCGCACACUUGUAAAGACUUCUUGCCAUAUGGAACACAAUCAAACAGAACAAACUUACAGGCAGGGGCCGUCGUAUUGUGAAAAAAACAAACUUGCUGAAAAUGGAUUCAUUACACAGCUGGUUAAGGUUUUUUACAACAUGUUGAUGUUAUUGUGCAUUGGUCAAGUGAAUAGUAGAACAGGUGAUUUUUACAGGAAUAUUUAUCCUGUAUGAACUGGUACUCUUUUGUCUCCUCUGGUCAAAGACAUUAAAUAAUGUACAAGAUUCCAGUGCUUCCAUAUUUUUUGCCCUGUACAUUUUUUAUUGGUCCAGCAUUACGGUAAACACGUAAAUAUGACUAUGUAGAACAAAAUGUAUAUGUGUAGUUGAAGAGUUGUUCGCUGUAUUAUCGUAAUUUUGAAGUCUGUGUCGUCUUAGUUCUGGUCGCACAUUGAUCUCUGAUUUGAAAUAUUUGGAGUUCAGGUACAGGGAAGUGGAUGUGCUGGCCAAGUGCGGGAUCAUCAGGUUUAGCACCCCUGUUGCUGACACGAACUUGGAGACAGAUUGGAUGCACGAUCGCAUGUCUGUCAUUCCUCUACGCGAAACAGAUGUCUUUGUUGCUCCUCGACUACGUUCUUGCCUGAAGCUUGAAUGCAAGGAGUGCAGCUCUGAAACCCUGGCUGGGCCUGAAAGUCAAUUUUCAAGUGUGCAUGUGAAGCAGUGGUUCAGACCACCUUCAGCGUCAGUGUUUUUCACGAGCAGAAACCAGUGACUUUCAGCUUGCUCUUUCCACCAACCCCAUCGGGGUAGUCAGCACAAUCGUUUGUGUCAGUCAACUCGGGUGAGACCCGCCCUCUCCAAUCCCAGGUGAUUUCUAUCCAGGUAGACUAAGGUGCUAAUUAAGAGAGGGACGUUGGUAUAAACACUGUAGAUGUAAAACACGUACACGUAGCCUUAGAUUGAGACUCUCACAAGGAGCCUCUGCAGAGUUUUCAGAAUCGCGCAGCCGAUUUUUUCCGAACUCUUGCAACAACGGAAUGAAGCUCUUCCAGAAUACAAAUGUACAAACAGAGAAGAAAGUAAUCAACAGAAACGAGAGUAUUACACACUAACCUGCCAUUUUUUUUUCCCCAGUGGUUGAGUAGCCAAUCGCUCGUGUGAUCUUCCAGAAUUUCAUUUAGAUGUUUGUAAAAAAAAAA